CCCAAUAUAUUUACACAUUCAAGAUUUUAAAAUCUAAAAUAUUCCCUUUUUAAAAAAUAUAUUACAAUCAACAAUUAUAAAGUGCCUGUUGAUUUAUAAUUUAAACUAUUAUCAUGUUGCACUGUUAGGAGUAUGCGUAUAAGAACCUAUCCCCCAAGAAAAAAGUAAAAUAUUAUUAAUAAUAAUUUAAUACCCCGACCUCAGUAACACAAAUAGAUUAUCUUUAUGGUAGUAGAUAACCAUUGAGUAAUGAGUAAGCAUAAGAUAAAAACUCAACGAUAAAUUGUUUUGAUUAAUAGCAAAGUGACUUAUUGCAGUAAGACUUAAGAGACUUGAAUAGUGAAAUACUUUUUACGACAAUAAUAUCUGAACAUCUUCAAAAACAUCAAUAUGUCUGAGUAUGGAAAAUUUGGGCCAUUAGUUGGGGCGAUAGAUGAAGGAACUUCAAGUGCGCGGUUUAUUAUAUUUAAAGCAAAUUCUUGUGAAGUAGUUGCAACAUAUCAAAAAGAAAUUGAGCAACAUUUUCCUCAAGAGGGUUGGGUUGAACAGGAUGCUUGUUCUAUUCUGGAAGUUGUUACAAUAUGUAUAAAUGAAGCUGUGAAGCAAUUAGUUUCAUUGGGUGGUAGCCCAAAGGAUAUAGUUGCAAUUGGUGUAACAAAUCAACGGGAAACUACUAUAGUAUGGGAUAAAAUAACAGGAAAACCUUUGCAUAACGCUAUUGUAUGGCUUGAUAUGAGAACAUCAUCAACAAUUGACAAAUUACUUGACUUAGUUCCAAACAAAACUAGGAAUAAGAACUAUUUGAAGCCAUUAUGUGGUCUGCCUAUGUCCCCAUACUUCAGUGCGGUUAAGCUAAGGUGGCUUGCAGAUAAUGUUGAGGUUGUCCAGCAAGCUUUAAAGAAUGGAACUUGUUGUUUCGGCACUGUGGACACAUGGCUAAUUUGGAAUCUAACAGGGGGUGUUAAUGGGGGCAAGCAUAUAACAGAUGUGACAAAUGCAUCGCGAACAAUGCUCAUGAAUAUUGAAACACUAAACUGGGAUCCACUUUUGUUGAAAUUCUUUGAAAUACCCAAGUCUGUAUUGCCCCAAAUCAAAUCUAGCUCAGAGAUAUAUGGUUACAUAGCGGAUGGUCCCUUAAGAAGUAUUCCCAUAUCGGGUUGUCUUGGUGACCAACAGGCUGCUCUAGUUGGUCAGUUAUGUCUACAAAAGGGUCAAGCGAAGGCCACUUAUGGAACUGGAUGUUUUGUCCUAUAUAAUACAGGAGAUGUUCGUGUUAAUUCUAGCAAAGGGCUUCUAACAACUGUUGCCUACCAACUGGGAGCUAACAAUGCACCUUGUUAUGCUUUAGAAGGGUCUGUCGCUGUAGCGGGGGCAGCACUGGGAUGGUUGAAGGACAACAUAGGUAUCCUGGAAAGUGCCAAACAGUCGCAAGAAUUGGCUGAAAUGGCCACAGAGAAUGGUAGUGUCGUUUUUGUUCCCGCAUUUAGUGGUUUAUAUGCACCAUAUUGGCGACAAGAUGCUAGAGGGGUAAUAUGCGGUAUAACAGAGGAUACAAAUUCAAAUCAUAUAGUAAAGGCAGCAUUGGAAGCUGUCUGUUUUCAAGUAAGAGAUAUCCUAGAUGCCAUGAACGAAGACUGUGGAAUCCCUUUGCAACUCUUGAAGGUGGACGGUGGAAUGACUUCCAAUUGGCUCCUAAUGCAAAUGCAGGCUGAUCUUAUAGGAAUUAACAUUAUAAAGGCCGGUUUUACCGAAAGUACUGCGCUAGGGGCGGCACUAGUCGCUUAUUGGGGCUUAGAUAGAAAUACACAAACGCCAAAUAUCGAUAUAAAAAAUGGUCAGAUGUACAACCCUAAAAUAAGCGACGAUGAACGCGAUAUGAGAUAUAAACAGUGGAAAAUGGCAGUCGAGCGCUCGUUGGGGUGGGAACAGAAUUAAAAUAAGGCUUAAUAGGCUUGUUUGUUGAUUUGUACUUGAUUUUUAUGUUAUCAUUCUUUAAAUUUUAAACGAUUUCCGAGUUUUCCGAAACGAGUUCUCCAAGAAGAUUUGGUGACUCUAUUAUUACGUUCCCAAUUUAUUUAUUUAAGUGUAUAUUUAUACGGUUUAAGUGUUAACAUACCUACAUUUUUUUCAUUUUUGUUUCUGUAUAAAUUUUGUGCUAUUUGACCUAAAUAUGAUUACAAUGAAAAUUAGUACGAUUUGUGUACGAAAUUGAAUGUUUUAAAAGUAUUAGAUAAGUGUGAUGUGAAAAUUUCCAAAAAUAUAUUCAUAGAAUACAAAAACGUUAUGUUUUAAAU